AUGCAAUCCAUGCUCCCCAGAGCAUCAAUCAAGCGCAACCUGUUGCGAGUUAACAGAGCAGGAGUCGCGUCGGUACGAUUGGUAUCAACGGCUUUCAAGAUUCCCAAGCCCUACAAUGAGCCUAAUCUUCACUACGAGCAAUCAUCUCCCGAGAGGGAAAAAUUAUUGUCAGCUUUGUCAAAGUUGAGAAAUGAAUUACCAGUGUCUGUGCCUACAGUUAAGAAUGGCGUUGAGGCAGCCAGCAAAGGUGAAAUGCAGACAGUCAUGCCAUCGGAGACCGCUUCUGUAUUUGCACGAUACUCCCCAGCCACCAAAGAGGAUGUCGCUGCGGCUAUCGGAGCAGCUCUGCAAGCGAAGAAGACUUGGCAAGAAACGACUUUCCAUGAUCGAGCGGCCAUUUUCUUACGUGCAGCCGAGUUGGUCUCUACCAAGUACCGCUUCGAACUCAUGGCUGCAACCAUGCUAGGUCAAGGCAAAAAUGCCUGGCAAGCGGAGAUUGAUGCUGCGGCAGAGCUGGCCGACUUCUACAGAUUCAACGUCGGGUUUGCUGAGGAGAUCUACUCACGUCAGCCAACCCUCAAUGCCUCUGGUCAGGCUGGGCACACAGACUGGCGGCCACUAGAGGGCUUUGUCUACGCUGUGUCUCCCUUCAACUUUACAGCUAUUGGCGGCAAUCUGAUCUCUGGUCCUGCCUUGAUGGGCAAUGUCGUCUUGUGGAAACCAUCUGCUGGCAAUGUUUAUGCUAGCUAUCUUGUCCACAAGAUUCUGCUAGAGGCUGGGCUUCCACCAGGGGUGAUCCAGCUCGUGAACGGUGACGCCGAGCUCGUCACUGACGUCGUCUACGACCAUCCCGAAUUUGCCGCUCUCAAUUUUACUGGAUCUUCUGAUGUGUUCCGCGAGCUCUACGCCAGAGCGGCCGAUGGCGUACGUACUAAGAAGUACCGAGACUACCCUCGUAUGGUUGCCGAGACUUCGGGCAAGAAUUUCCACUUGAUUCACAACUCGGCGGACAUACCGAACUCAGUCAAACACACCAUCCGGGCCACUUUUGAGUACGCUGGUCAGAAAUGUUCUGCAUGCUCGCGCAUUUACAUUCCCGAGAGCCGUGCAUCCGAGUUCUGGAAGGAGAUGAAGGAAAAUCUCAGCCAUGUGAAGGUCGGCGCUCCUGAGGAUUUCAGCAGCUUUACUGGGCCGGUAAUCAAUGAAGCGGCUUUCAGCAAGAUCACUGCUGCCAUUGAUAGUGCAAACAAGGAUGACCGACUAGAGACAAUUGCUGGUGGUACCUACGACGGUAGCAAAGGUCUGUACAUAGAGCCUACCAUCUACGCCGCCAAAACUCUUGAUCAUGAGAUGUUUGACCAAGAACUGUUUGGUCCAGUCUUGGUGGCUAACGUCUAUCCUGAUGCUGAGUAUGACUCCUUGCUCACGGCUAUUGACAAGCAAGGCGGUGGCUUUGCACUGACCGGAGCAAUCUUCGCUACUGACCAAAAAGUCAUCCGUAAGACCGAGGAUCGCCUGCGCUACGCAGCCGGAAACUUUUACACUAAUUGCAAGACCACUGGCGCCGUUAUUGGGCAGCAAUCUUUUGGUGGAGCGCGUGGAAGUGGCACCAAUGAUAAAGCUGGCAGCUCGGGCAUGCUUGUUCGUUUCACAGCUCCUCGUACACUCAAAGAGGAAUACCACAAGUUGGAUGAGGUCUUGUACCCUAGCAAUUACUGA